CUGGGACCAGGAAGUGGCUGUGAGACGAUACAGGUUGACUACAUGAAGAAUGCAGACAAUAAAGUGUGUUGUCGUUGGUGAUGGAGCGGUUGGGAAAACCUGUCUCCUUAUCAGUUAUACCACCAAUGCCUUUCCAGAGGAAUAUAUUCCCACUGUAUUUGACAAUUACAGUGCCCAGAUGACAGUGGAUGGCAGAACGGUUAGCCUUAACUUAUGGGACACAGCUGGCCAAGAAGAGUAUGACCGCCUGCGCACCCUAUCCUACCCUCAGACCAACGUCUUCAUAAUCUGCUUUUCUAUCGGAAGCCCAUCUUCCUAUGCCAACGUACGGCACAAAUGGCACCCGGAGGUUUCCCACCAUUGCCCCAAUGUUCCAAUUUUACUCGUAGGUACCAAGCAAGAUCUUCGAAAUGAUUCAGAAACUAUAAAGAAGUUAAAGGAGCAGAGUCUUGCACCCACAACAAACCAGCAAGGUUCCUCGCUUGCUAAACAGAUAGGCGCUGUAAAGUAUAUGGAGUGCUCUGCUCUGCACCAGCAAGGCGUUAGGCAAGUCUUUGAAGAAGCUGUCCGCGCGGUUUUAUAUCCUGUGACAAAGAAAAAUCCAAAGAAGUGUGUCCUGCUAUAGUGGUAUCCGCUGGCCAUCCAAAUGCUGAUAAAGAUGAGUUUUUAGCACAAGAUUUUGGGUAAUGCCUCUUUUAUCCUCAGCUUGCACUAACUGCUCAUGAUUGAUGUGGGUUGCAUGGAGAAGAACUGCCGCUUCUAGCUUUCCUGACAACGAAUGUGCCAGCGAACUAAUGUAAAGUAGCGGUGCGGCAGCGGCUUGACCACAACACAAGUCGUACUGUACAUGGAUAACCUCCGAGCGCUUACACAUGCCGGCCUUGCACUUCUGACUUUCUCGUUUGUAAUUUUUUUUUUUUAUCCACCAUAUUGCUUCCAUAGAAACUCCCUGCUUCCUGCGGAACACUUCCUAAUAUUUUAUACUGAUCUCCUUACUUUUCCACUAUUAAAGCUUAACAGUGCAAUCUUGAAAAUGUUCUAUAUUUGCAGAAUGUGCUCCAGAAAUUAAGAGGCCUCGUGCUUUAAUAUAAGUGACUGACAUUUUGGACUGAAAAAAAAAAGCGAUUCUGCUUUCACUGCAUGCUGGAUUCGGUGUUUAGAUCCCUCUUAAAAUUGCUAACAAUGAAAACACUGUAAACUUUCCCACCAAAGGGGAAGGCAUUUUUAACCUGGAUCCAAACACAAGCAAAACCCUGUUUUUGUUUUUUUUAUGUUGCCAUAAAACUCAGGGCUUAAUGGUUGUAAAACAGUUUUCUUUUGGGGAAAAAGUAGGCCUUUCCAGGGGAUCUGUCAUUGGAAAAAAGAAGUUUUGUUUAUUGCACAGUUAUUUUUGGUGAUAUGCUGUGUAUAAUUCUGCUUGUAAUCUGAAGCUUUCAGAAGUCACAAAUAUGUACAGGUAUGGAAUCUAUUAGCCAGAAUGCAUUGGACCUGGAGGUUUUUCCAGAUAAGGGAUAUUUCCAUGAUGUAGGUCAAAAAAGUACAGUCACUGGGGGCGAGCCAAUAACCACUAGUUAUACUGGUCACUUACCCCAGGCUGGCACUCCUUUUGUCACAAUCUACAGGCCUUGGGUUCUUGACCACUGAACGCUACACCACAGCAACACCCUUGCCCAGUGUAUUAGCAGUGCAGGGUUGCCUUGAAAAUGAAACAGUAUGGCAAAUCGGGGACUUGUGGGCAGAAAGUUAUUGUUGUAAUACUGACACAUUCAUAGAAAUUUGUCAAUAUCGCUUAAAUACAACACUAUAGGAAAUGAUUUCCACAUUUCAAAGUCUUUUGGAUAAUAAAUUCCUUUACCUGUAAUCUGUACCUUAAUGUUGACUGCACAGCACUGUAUUAUAAAGGAGUGAUCUUCUAUUCC